GGGAACUAAGGGGAACGGGAUGGGUCCGGGGACUUUAGCCUACCUGACCCUCUCCGGCUUUGACCAUCAGUGGGACAAGUGCUGGGAAGCUGUCCUGCAGAAAUAUGUUUUCUUGUUAUGUAUGCUGUUUGUUCCCUUGAAUGUGAAGCUUCAAUAAGUCGCCUCUAAUAUUCAGAUUUUCAGUAAUAUCCCUUUGUAAUUUAAACCUUGUGGCCCAUGUGUCACUCUGGUCAAUGUCUGUGGUGUGGAGUCCAGAGCUGUUCAUGGCGUGCCCCAACCAGUGAUGUAUUAAUUAACCAAGAGAAGACUUCACUCCCCUUCACUCACUGUUGUCUCUUACAAAAGGUUCAGAUCUCGUUUAUGAGAUUUUAAUUUCUGCUCGUGGUGUCCCAAAACUUAGGAUUUCCACUGCUAACACCGCCCCCCCAUUGAGAAAGUACCGUCUCUUCCUUUUUCUGUUCAAAUUGAUAGCUCCUGUUUUCAGCCUCCUUCAGCUGUGUAGAACUUAAAAUUUAUUGCCUCCAAUUUUUCAUAUAACUAAUAUGCUUUGUACUUCCCAACCUGGAAUCAAUGGACGCCUCAACUAAUGAGUUCCUUCCAUCAUUCCUGAUUGCAUCGGGUCCUGAAGUAAACGUGUUCUUUGUGGGUGAAAACAGUUCUACUUUUAAACUUGGCGUGGAAACAGUUGCAGCUACUGAUGGUUUGUUGCAGUCCAACUGUGUGGAGAGAAAUCGCACUGAUAAUUGGAUACUGACUAGUUCUGUUGAUGAGUUCGACCUGUUGAUGGUGAAUGUGCAGCUGACUCUGGACCGACCACUCAUACUUUGUGAAAAUUUAUCAGAUGAAGUCCGCUGCUGUUCGGAACCUCUCUGCGUUCUCGAAACACUCCGUGUAACUGCCUGUCUAAAUGGCAAUGUUUCAGCAACACUGCUUGUUCAAGCUAUAAUAUAUGUGAACUCCACUUUCCGAGGAAUGAUAAAUGAAAACAAGAUGCAGAUUCCAAAACAAAAGUACCGUCCACUUGGACCCUGCCCGUGCAACUUAACCGCAAGAGCUUGUGAUGUAGGAUGCUGCUGUGAUAAGGAAUGCACACCUGACAUGAUUGAGCUGUUUAAUUCCCACUGCUUUCCAGGAAUAUUCGGUGGCAAUGUGUCCCAACCCUUUGACCAGCUAUGCUCUGUUCAGACUGUGCCAAGAUCUCCUGACUGGUUCCCAUUCCUCUGUGUGCAGUCUUCUCUGGAGAACUCACCAUAUUUGGGGCUGUUCUUUGAAGGCAAUACUGUUGAUGUUGCUGAGGAACUUUCCUUUGGCGUGGCCACGUCUACAACAGUAAACAUUCCUGUUGGCUACCAUCAGGGAGAUCCUAUCGUUAGACGUGAAGAUGAGCUCUUUACCAUUCCACAGAAAUCCUUGAAUGGCCAAUGCUUGAGGAACGCCCCUGUGGUUUACUUGAAAGACUUUGAGGCAUGCUGUGUAACUCCACUAACAGCUGAAGCCUGUACAGAUACCAUUGGAGUUGGUGAACCGAUCCAGAAUGGCCAGGGAACAAUGAUACUGCCUGCUAUAACCUAUCAGAGUGCUACAGACCUCAGCAGUUCCAUUCCAGCAACUUCUUCAGCUUCAGAGUUCCCGUUUCUCAAGCAGCAGAAUGUCUCGACAUCUCUCGGAUUGGUUAAUGUGUCAGAGCCCAAAGUUGUGAAGGGAAUGUGUGAAAAUAUGAUUCUGCAGGCUGAUUAUGUCUUCCACUGGAAUGGGAGUGCGAUAUCUAAUAUCACUUUACAUGUCACAUUGGGAAAUGUUUCCUUAGAUUCAUCAGCUACUGUGACUCAAAGGUUCAGUGUUACCUUUAUUAACUCACGCAAUGAACAUCACACCCAGGCGAUUCGGUCCGGCAAUCCAGGUUACUUGGUUGGAAGACCGGUUCUGGCUGCCCUUGAGAGAGGCAAGAAUUUGCAGAGAGUCCCUUUAAGAAUAUGGCGACCAGUUGGAAAUGGGUUGUGCUCAUCAACUGAAACCACGUCGUUAUUGUUUGGAGAGGACUCAACCUCCGGCUGCCUGUUGCGCCUUGGCAUUGAUGAUUUUGAAAACUGUACUGCUCUUCGGUCCACUGUUUAUGAAAAUCUGCUCAAUCUUGUGCCAGCGGAUUACGUAGCACGGAGGGGAAACUCCAACUUCACAGACCUAUCAGAGUGGGUGCCGUUAUUUAAAGCUUCAUUUAACGAUUCGUCUGAAGGUGGAUUUUAUGGAUUCUGUGCUGGAGUUCCUGCCGCUAUGAACAUUCAGUUUCUCACAGCAGUUGUUGGUGCGGUUGAAGGAGUCCCACAACGAGUGAUACUUGGAGUUGAAGUCAGUUUCUCCACAGUGAGCUGGCACAUUUCUUGUGGAGGAGGAGAUAGUACAGCCUGCAGGAACAGUUCCCUUCUUCAGUCCUUCGCCAUCCGCACAUCUGUGCAAUUUAUUCAAAUACCAGCCCAGCAAGAGCCCCCAUUGACCAGCUUCCAGUUGACCUACACUGAAUAUGACUGUGCUCGGAAUGAUGUGUGUUGGCCUGACCUUGCCUAUCCAUUGACAAGGCGUUAUACAGGUGAAGCAUACUCACAAUCAAUUGCCCAGGGAAUGUUGCUGGUCUUCACCUUCUUGGUGACGGCAGUGUUGGGAGGUCCGUGGAACAAAAUACGGAAGGCUUGGAAUGACUCGACCUUUUAAUACCCUGCAGCAAGCAUGAUCUCCAUGUUCUUAUAGUGUUCAGUAACAUGAACACCAAGAGACCAGCAAUUCAGGAUCCACUCAGAAUCUACCUCUUCCCUACCUUCAUUGUAUCCUCCUCUCUUUCAUUAAUGGUCUGCAAGCUUUUAUUUCUGUUGUUCCACAAAGUAAGCAGUCCUGUGGUGAAAGAUAUUUUGGUGUGUCUUACAUUUGCAGAAUUGUUGCUGUUUUACAUUUUGAUGCAACUGCAGAAUUCAUGCACUUGAAUGGAUACUGGACAUAACACAGACUAUCCCCUUGCGUUGUUCUGAAUGUUUCAGUGUAAAUAUUUUAAUGUAUUUUUAUAUAGGAGUGUUCUAAAACCCUGAUAUGGUUUUGAAUACGUGUUAUUUUGAAUUUAAAAUUAGGCAGUGCAUGACCAUUUUUUGUUCUAAACCCAAAACAUUGUUUCCCUUGCACAAUAGACUUGGAACUUCUUUUGAUACACCAAAACAAGAAAUAAAAGACUGACAUACAGCUAGGUGGUUUCACAUCAGGAUGAAGGCUGGUCACCUUUAAAAGCUGUGCCUACUUUCUUUGUGAAUGGGAGUGUCUGUCUCCAUUUUUCUGAUAUUUUAUUUGUCUUUUUUUGUAUGCACAAACGAGCAAGAAAUAACUUCCUUCUCGCAUCUACUUUUCUUUUUCUCAACUGUUUCUCCAAAGCUGAUGCUCCUCUUUCCUCCCCUUUCACCUGUACUCUUUUGGGAAUAGUCAGCACAUGUGUCAGAGCCUCUCUUCACAGCUACCACCUGCAGUUAAUGUGCUAAAACAUCCCAGCUGAUAUUACAGGAAUGUGUAAUGAUUCUGACCUGCACAAGAUGUCAGCACAAUGACCAAAAGGCCUGUGGUGGGACAAAUUUGAAGGAGAAAAGGGAGAUGGAACUCCAGGACUUGGGGCCUCGAUAAUUGAAGGCCUGGCUGCUAAGGAGAAAAUGACCAAAAAAUGGGACAGGUUUGAGUAUUAGGUUCUACAUGUUCACAGUCUGUACGAGUGACUCAUAUGAUGGGAAUAUAAUAUAUAAUUAAGUACACUGAUGAAUAAAACUGGGUGGCAGUGUGAGCUACGAGAAGGUUGCAGAGACCUUCAUGGAAUAGAAACAGAUUAUAUUUUUUCCCUCUUUUUGUUUAUUCACAGGCUCUGUUUGCACAUUACAUCUGCAGGCAGCGAGUUCCUGACUCCCGCAUGUGUUGCCAAUAACAUUUGCCUCUGUCCCUCCUAAUUAUUUUUCCAUUUAUUUUCUUUCUGACACUAGUUGUCCUCAACAUCUCUAUCUAAAGAAAUCACGAAAGAUUGAGUAGGUUAGGAUAGUUUUCCUUAGGACAUAGAAGAUUGAGAGGAGAUUUGACAGAGGUAUACAAAAUUAUGAGGGGUAUAGAUAGGGUAAAUGCAAGCGGGCUUUUCCCAUUGCAGUUGGGUGGAACUACAACUGGAGGUCAUGGGUUAAGGAUUAAAGGUGAAAAGUUUAAGGGGGAACAUGAAGGGAAACUUCUUCACUCAGGGUGGUGAGAGUGUGCAAUGAGCUGUCAGCACAAGUGGUGCAUGCGAACUCAACCUCAAUGUUUAAGAGAAGUUUGGAGAGGUUCAUGGAUGGAGGGCUAUGGUCCCAGUGCAGGUUGAUGGGAGUAGUCCGUUUAAGUGGUUUCGGCAUGGAAUGGAUGGGAUGAAAUUCCAUCUUCCCCACCACUCCACCCAUUCGUCAGUAUGAUCCACACUAUAUGUCCAGGAGUCACCUGCACAGAACUUUCUCUGUAAAACUGCAACACUAUGUGCUGUAUUCUGCUUCUGUUACUACCUUGGGGUAAUUAUGUUCAGCAUGAUACAAAUGCAUGUCACACAAAACAAAGUCUUUCACUAUAUCUCAAUGUGGGUGUCUAAUAACUCAAUAACGGUACCACUAUCAUUACAUUUAGUUCCCAUCUUGGCACCUAAACCACUCAUACAACUCCAGAUAGCCCACCCCCUUCUCUUGUCUAUCACUUCUGAUGGGGAGGGGGCAGGGUCCGGAUAGCCCCUGCUGUCAAUCACAUGGUGAGACUGAUCGAGGGGCGGGGUCAUGUGGCAGGGGUGGAGUUAGAAGUUCACGGACUGUCAGUCAUGUCGCAGAGGUGGUGUUUGACCGUCAAAACGCGACAACCACGCUUCAGGGGAAGGUGGGUCUCGCGAAAGGUCGAUUGUCCAUACACUUGGCUCAUUGAGUUUCUCCAGUGUUUUGUGUUUAACAUUAAAAGUGAA